GGAUGGCAACUCCCCAUCUCAGCCGGCACAUCAACCUUCGAAGGUUUUAUAUGUACGUAACGUCCCGGAGUCGGUGACUGAGCAAGAUAUUAUCGCUUAUUGCCUCACGUUUGGACGUGUGGUCAACAUAUUGUUGCUCAGAGAUAAGAGGCACGGAUUCAUCGAGUUUGAGGACGAGUCUUCUGCUAUCAAGUGUUACACCUACUAUAACGCGAACCCGCUUCUUAUCACUGGCCACAGAUUGGAAUUCGCCUUCUCGGGCAGGUCAGAGAUCACAGCCAGAAGGGAUCCCGAUUCUAACCCGCCGAACCGCAUCCUCCUAUUCACCAUAACCAACUUGGUAUACCCCGUCACCGUUGACGUCAUAUCUCAAGUAAUGAAUAAGUUUGGUGGAUUGGAGAAGGUCAUUGUAUUUAACCGCGGCAAUGCAGUCCAAGCGCUCGUGCAACUCGCUGAUGUGGACACAGCCAACGUAGCUAAAGAGCAGCUGGAUGGUCAGAACAUUUACGCUGGCUGCAACACGAUCAAAGUACAGUACUCCUCGCUGCCUCAACUGGAGGUCAAACAUAAUAAUGAAAGGAGUUGGGACUUCACAAAUCCGAGCUUGCUUCCCGGUGGUAUGGACGGUGGCUCCGGUCUCACACCUCUUCACCAGCAGCAAAUGCUCGGUGGAGCUGCAGGAGGCCAGUCUCCUGCCAACCUCAUGGCCAACUUCAACUACGUCCAGGCCAUGAAUGCUCUGUCCCAAGCUAAUCUCCAGAAUCCCUCAGCAGCGAUGGCAGCUGCGGCGGCGGCACUCCAGGCCAGUAUGGGUGGGGCGGGUGGUGGUUUGUCAGCAGGUGGUGGUUUUGGAACCCCAACCGCUGCUGGGGCGGCUCCGGUUGUGAUCGUUCACGGACUUAAUGAGCAAGAGACGAGACCUGAUGAUCUGGCAGCGCUAUUUGCCGUAUACGGCAAUGUCGUGAGAGUGAAGAUCAUGUUUAAGGCUAGACACACUGCCCUGGUUCAAAUGCAGGACAUGCAACAGUGCCGUACAGCUAUAUCGUAUUUGCAGGACGUAUGGCUCCAUGGGAAUCAACUCACAAUGGAGAUGAGUAAAG